CGUUGUUCCAUCAAGCAACGCUUCGUAGAGUCGCUGCACGCCGCUAAAGAUUCACUGUUUUAACUUAAUUUUACCGCGUGGAUUUCAACUCUGUCGUCUUCUUGGAUGGCAGCAGUGGAAACCAGAGAUGACAGUGGCUCUUCUGAACCUUCAGAAAGCCCUGCAUCGAAGGAAAGCAAAGCUUCAUCGAGCCCUACUCAAAGUGCUUCUUGGUUAGUCGGCGAUGUCGUUUGGUCUAAAAUCCCAGGACAUCCAUGGUGGCCUUCAAUGGUUUCUUACGACCCAAACACAGCAGUUUCAUUCAAGUACAAAGGAAGAGCAAGAUAUUACCAUGUGCAAUUCUUCGGCCAGGAUCCUGUGCGUGGAUGGGUCUCUGAACGAUCUAUUUUGAAAUUUGAAGGUCGUCAACAUUUUGAGAGUUCCCUCCAUGGAAAGCAACUCAAAAUUGCACAGAAGCGAGUGGCACAGUGGGAAACAGCAGUUAAAGUGGCAGAAAAAGCAAAGCCAAUGAACAGACAUGAGCGGCAACUGUGUUACACUUUUAAGUAUUAUGACAAAAACGAGGGGAAACGACUAGACCCCCUGAAAAUGAAAAAGUUGAAUGGUUUUGCAUCAUUGCCAGAGCAAGUGAAUGGCUUGAUUGAUGAACAUGCUGAUGAAACAUCUGAUCUCAGACAUGCAGAGGGAGCAGAUGCAGACAGCCUGCUCAUGAAUGGAGUGUUACAUUGUGCAAAUGGGCCAAACGAUGACAAAAAGAAGGUUGGGAAGGGACGAGUCCAACGCAAGAGGAAACUUUCUGCUGUAGCGGCAGCAGCAAAGGCUGCCUCAGGCAAUAGUGAAGCACUCAAAAAUACGGAGCCACCAAAGAAGAAAAAGAAAAGGAUUUCUAAACAAAAUAACAUUUUAAAUUCAUCAGAUCAAUUAGAAGAGAAAACUGACCAAGAAGAUUUAAUGGUUAAGUUAAGUUUGAAUGAUAAACUUCAUCUAAAUGGGUCAGAGUUGCAUGAAAAGUGCAAUGGACUUGUUGAGACUGCUGGUGCCAGCACUCCUCCAAAAGUUAAUGGUGAUGCUGCUGCUUUUGGAACAAACUUGGACGUGUCACCUAGCACAGCUCUCAAGUUGAAAAUUAGAAAAAUUACGCCAAAGCAAAACCAGCCAGAAGGGAAGCGGAAGAGAGGGAGGCCGUGUAAACCACAGUUUGUUAUUGUUAGUGAGGAAGAAAAGGACAUGUCUAAUCACUCAAAUGAUGUACAUGUAGAAAAGGAAAAGGAGGUAGAUGGUGUGACAGAGUUACCUCUGUCACCAAAGAUAAAUGAUAAAUCACCCAUAAAGAAGAAAAGAGUACGGAAACCUUCUAGCAAGGUUUUAAGUUCUACCGAGGUUGCAGUGUUGCGCGUUAAGGAAAAAAUGAUGGUAAGAGAGAAGACAAAACUGGAGUCCAAACCUAAAAAGGAGGAAGAAAAGAAGAAGGAAGCUUUUGAGGUGAAUGGUGUGGUUGAGAAAGAGGGCAGUGUAGCUGGAAGUGUCACUUCAUCGAGUAUAGGAGAUGAUAUGGGAAGUGUAAAGAAUGCAGGAACAUCUAAAAGGGAGAAAGAAGCUGUGUGCAUUGUUUGUGAACUACAAGACAAUCUGACAUUUUGUGAGGGUAUUUGUGGAAAUGCUUUUCACUUGGAUUGUAUUGGACUGUCUGUUAUACCAAAGGGGAAAUUUGUUUGCGACGAAUGUGUGACAGGAAACCAUUGUUGUUUUGUUUGUAGACAGACUGGAAAUGUUAAACAGUGCAGUCAACAAUUGUGUACAAAGUACUACCAUGAAGAUUGUGUUAAAACUUUCAAAAGCACAAAAUUUGAUGGUGAUCGCUUUCACUGCCCACUCCAUUUCUGUAGUACAUGUGUUAGAAACAAGUCUUCAGUGUCGAGAGGACGACUGAUUCGUUGUGUGCGUUGUCCUACAGCAUAUCACUUGUCUGGCUGCCUAGUAGCAGGCUGUAUUCAAAUUAGUUCUCAUCUCAUGGCAUGUUCAAAACAUUUCUUACGUGAGAAAAACAAAGCACAUCACACUCAUGUUAAUGUGAACUGGUGUUUUGUGUGCUCCAUUGGAGGUACUUUGAUUUGUUGUGAGAGUUGCCCUGCUGCAUUUCAUCCCGAAUGCAUCAGUUACGAGGGCAUUCCUGAAGGACAUUUCUUUUGCAAAGAUUGCACUGAAGGCAAGGAGUUGCUUUAUGGUGAGAUUGUGUGGGUCAAACUAGGCAUGUACAGGUGGUGGCCAGCGCAGAUUUGCAACCCACGCGAUGUACCCACAAACAUCCAGAACAUGCGGCAUCAGCCAGGCGAAUUUCCUGUCAUGUUUCUGGGUUCACGGGACUACUAUUGGAUUCACAGAGGGCGUGUGUUUAGCUAUCAGGAAGGUGACAAGGGCUCCACAGACUCUGGAAACAGCAAACACUUGGCUAAGAUUUUCAAAAAAGCCCUUGUUGAAGCAAAGGAUAAAUAUGCUGAAUGGAGGACAGCUCAAGAAAAUAAAGCUGAACAGGAUCUCCAAAAGAUGUCCAAGAAACCAGCACCAUAUAAACACAUAAAGGUAAAUAAGUGUACCACAGCUGUGCGAAUAGUUAUUGACCCAUCAGAGCUACCAAUGUGUGACUGCUCAGAUAGUGAAAAUUCUUGUGGCCCGGAAUCAAACUGUCUAAAUCGCAUGCUUCAGUUUGAAUGCAACCCAACAAGAUGCCCUGGAAAGGAAAAGUGUCAAAACCAACAAUUUCAGAAGAGGGAAUACGUGGAUUGUGAACCUUUGAGAACAUUACACUGUGGAUGGGGGCUGCGCUGUAAGGAAGAUGUCAAAAAAGGCCAAUUCGUCAUUGAGUACGUUGGAGAACUCAUUGAUGAGGCCACGUGUCAAGAACGGGUACGGAAAGGAGAGGACAUCACUAACUACUACAUGCUGACAAUAGACAAAGAUUGCAUUAUUGAUGCUGGCCCCAUGGGAAAUCUGUCACGGUUCAUGAAUCAUAGCUGUGAUCCAAACUGUGAAACACAGAAAUGGACAGUGAAUGGAGAGGUUCGGGUGGGGUUGUUUGCCUCGCGGGAUAUCAAGGAAGGAGAGGAGCUAACCUUCGACUAUCAGCUAGAUUGUUUAGGAAAUGAAAAGAAGAAAUGCAAUUGUGGUGCAAAGAACUGUAGCAGCUUCCUUGGAGUGAGACCCAAGAACCAGAUCCAGGAGGAAAAAUCUAAAAAAGUGGACAAGAGGAGAAAGAAGAAGAUCAAGAAAACUGUUGUCAAAGAAGUUCAUGAAGACGACUGCUACAUCUGCGGUGAUGGCGGAGAACUUCUCCUGUGCGACAAGUCCGGCUGUUCCAAGUGCUACCACAGAGAUUGCCUCGGUGGGGCUGUGACAAGCCGUGGAAAGUGGAUAUGUCCGUGGCACUUCUGUGAUGACUGCGGUAAAUGGGCCAACGUCCUGUGCUCCGAAUGCCCGAACUCUUACUGUAGAGCGCAUGCGUCUGGUCAAAUCACAGAAGUAAGUAAUGGUGUUCACGUCUGCUUUGACCAUAUUGUGACGCGCACAAAGACAAUACAAGAAAAGACAUCGGAAACUGAAGACGAUAGUGCCAAACAAGAACCAGAAUUCAGUGCGGGAAUCGAGUAGAGACAAGUUGUAGAUUAUGUAGAAUUUUUAGACCCUAUUUUAGCUCCAGAUCAAUUUUAGGUUGUUAGAUUGCAUCUAGUAGUAGUUAAACGCUAUCGAAUCAUACUUUGUACUAGAAAUUAAGCUAUGCGUAGAGGAAUUCGCAACUGAUAAUGUGAAUUGUUCUCCAGACCCAAUCAACUGUUAGUGUAUCAUAAGUUAUUUUUCGUAGAUGAUCAACUCUUAAUUUCACAAACGCGUUUCGCUUCGGACUUGCGUGUCGAAAAACGAGGGGCAAUGCCGAGUUUUGACGAAGGAGGGAGAAAAAUUUAACAGUUGACCACCAUACCGUUUUGGUGACUGUUGAAAACAACAUGCAUUUUCCCGACGAUUUAAUUUGACAUGGAUAUGUUCUGUAUAUGUUCUUGUAUGCUCCACUUUUUUUUUAUGAAUGAAUACAAUUAGCGAUUUGAAUAAUAUGUUUAAAGCCGCUAAAAAGUGUCAAUGCUGCUUUAUUGAAAAUUUCAGAUCAGUUCCAUUCUGGGAUUGAGAAAAAAUCAUACUUUAAUUUCUUGGUUUUGUAACCAACCAAAACUGUAUCUUCUGUGGUGUAAACGGAGGCUUUCAAUACACACAAGAUUGAUGCAAUUGGCAGCAAUUUUUUAGAUCUGUAUUCCUUUUGUAGUUUGUCAGUAUUCCUGAUUCUGAUUAUGGGCAAUUUAUCCAAGUUUACAAUUGUUUUGAUUUUCAUGGAUUUUCAUACAAAGAAAGCAUUGUUUGUAUGACGGAAUUACAAUUUUGGGGUCUUUUGUUGGACUGAAAGUGGACGCCUUGUGUUUACCCGCGAAGUAGUUAUGUAGUGUGGAGUCACACUAACAGUUUAACUCAACGCGGGGAGAUAGAGCUUUCUUCCCUAAUUUUGAACUCAUGAACAACGACGAAAAGUGAUUAGGGAGGCUGUAGCUAUUUCAAUUUGGGUUAUUGUAAAGUUUUGACAAAGCAGUCGCCAUUUCGAACUUUUAUAUGAGUAUUUAUUUCAGAUUUUAAUUUAUACUAUAGCAGCGUCAAACGUCUUUGCCUCUUUAAGUCGUUUGGAUAUGACCAGUGCUUACUUUGAACGUGGCACUUCUGUGGACAUGGUUAUUCCAGUUAACCACUGGACAAGACCUCAGAGCAGUACUUUUUAGUUUUCUUAGCUGAGUGGUACUGAGGUGGUCAUUUGUGACCAUUACAACAAAAUCUUGAUCAGUACUUUGCUUUUGGAUCCCUGAUUUAAAAGCGUUUUGACGAAACGAACAUUUUUGUGUCAAGUGCCUGCUUUUCUUUCCUCGAGCUUGUGAAAAGGGAUUGGGAUUUCCUUGGCAAACAGCUUUUAUGGUCCGCGUUCAUCUACGGUUUCUUCCCAAAAACGGAGCUAAACUUCAUCGUUAUGUUACGAAAACAUUUGUACAGUUGCACGUUCUUCACGUGGGCACUAUCAAAGCAAAGUUGUCUUUAAGUCUGUUCCCGAAUCAGACUCUAAUUUGUAGCAUGUCGCGUGACUUGCAGUUGCUGUCAUGCAAGUUUUUGCACUAGAGGCGUAACUCCGUGCCCUGGAAAUAAUCAUGGAGGAAUCGAAAUUUUUUUUUUUUUUUCAAACCUAAAAUUCUGUGAUGAUGAAAUUGCAAGAAGUGGUUUCACGCGUUGAAAACGCUUCCAUUACGCGGUAUUAUUUUACCCUGUAACAUGAUCUUGUUUAGUACAGUUAUUGCAGUGUCUUUAAGGUUACAUUACUUGUCUUAAAUAAAAUUGAAAUAAGUGACUGACAA